GCCUUCGGUAGUGCGAUCCUCUGGGAAGUGCUUUUGCACUUUUUUCUCAGACAGGGCUUGUCUUCUGCUAUGUAUUUCUCAGGCCCGUUGACGGCCGGCCCCACUCCUGUUCUGCUUACCGUGCAAUACCUCCAGUAUGGGGGGGAAAGCAGGCUGCUAUGCAUGAGCCAUCCGGGGCACCCAGGAGCGCUAGCAUGGUGGAGGAGUAUCUCCUAAUUGUAUGAGAUUGAAAGAUGCCCCCUGUGAGGUGGGUAGUGGGAGACAAUUGCUGAUAAAAUAGAGUCCCCUUUCUUUAAGUAGGCCCGCCAGUCCUGAUUGAAGCUGUUCCUGGAAAUGUCUGGAUAUUUUUCACCACAUCAGAACCCUCAUGUCCCCUGCUAACUGAGCAAAGAGGCACCUUUUAAAAGUGGUGGUUCUUUUAUUGAGCGGGGGGGAGAGCAACUGGCCUAUCCAUCCCCAGCACAGCAUUCCUCCAGUGGCUGUUGCUGGUGUCUGUCUUCUAUUUCAUUUUUAGCUUGGGAGCCCUUUGAGGUCAGGAAGCCCUCUUAUUUAUUUCUUUAUAUCUAUGUAAACCGCUUGGGAAACUUAUGUUGAAAAGCAGUAUAUAAAUAUUUGUCGUCUUCAUAUCGAGCCAUUAAAACUCCACUCCAAUCCUGGAGGGCUGGCAACCUCAUCUGAGAUGGGCCUGGGGUCUCCAGAGAUUGGCAUCUAUCUCCAGUACUCUCAAUCUGAGUGUCUCUCCCUCAUGCUGAAGCUCCUGAAAAUCACAGGAAGUAUCUCCUGAAAAUGCUUCUGGGUGAACCUCCAGUAGCUGACAAGAGACCUUGAUUAUUGACAACCCCUGCUAACUGGGCAAAGAGGCACCUUUUUAAUGUGGUGAUUCUCUUUAUUUAAGAAAGGGAGAGUAACUGGCCCUAUCCACCCCCAGCACAGUACCUCCAGUGACUGUUGCUUUUUAGAUUGUGAGCCCUUCGGAGACAGGGAUCCAUCUUAUUUAUUUCUCUUUGUAAACCGCUUUGGAAACUUUUGUUGAAAAGCGGUAUAUAAAUAUUUGUUGUUGUUGCUGCUAGCAGGACAGGAGACACUAUCAACCCUGAUGGAUCCACCUAACAAAAGGGUCGCCAGGUUGAAGGCUUGAUUUUUUUAUUUUAUUUUAUUCUUUUGCAUAUGCAGAGUGCAGCAAGGGUAUUUCAAGCUCUUGGAGACUGAAUGUCAAAACCAGCCUGGAGCGAUAAGAUGCCAGCAAAGAAAGGCAUCGUUCCAGCCCUGAUUCCUCAAUCUUGGGCUGCUCUGGAGGGGAGCAUGUAUUCCAGAAUGGAAAUGGGAGAGCCAGUAUCAACAGAGAAGGUUCUGGAAGGGGCAGGAAAUGCCACCGGCAUCAUUCAAGAUCGUGCCAUUCUGUAUGCCAGAUUCAGGAAAGAACAGAUGAAGGAAAAUGUUGCCUUUUCACAAGGGGACACCCUUAAAAUGGAGGUGCGGCGCCAGCACUUCAGGAGGUUUCGCUUCCAUGAGGCCAACGGGCCACACAACGCUUACAUCCAGCUCUGGGAACGGUGCCGGGCGUGGUUGAGACCGGAUAAACUCACCAAGGAGGAGAUCCUGGACUUACUGAUUUUGGAGCAUUUCCUGGCCAUUCUUCCAGGGGAAAUGCAGAGCUGGGUGAGAGAAUGUGAGCCCCAAAACGGUGCUCAAGCUGUGGCUGCUGCGGAGGAUUUUGUGCUGCUUCUAGAACAGCAGGGCUCAGUGACUUUUGAGGAGGUAACGGUGCGCUUCACGGAGGAGGAGUGGGCUCUGCUGGAUCCAGUCCAAAGAAACCUGCACAGGGAAGUCAUUUGGGAGAAUUACACAAACGUUGCAUCUUUGGCUUACAGGAGUAUGAGUGAAUUGGAAGACAGCUACCACCAGCUGGAAAGUCGUGAACCAGUAGAAUCAAGUGGCACUUUCCAAAGAAGGAGAAGAAAGGGCACUUCCCAGGGCCAGGAAGAGGUGGGGAAGUUCUCUGGGAAUCACCACAGUCUAAAGAGGCAGCAAAAAACCCACCCACGAGGCAGCCCAAAGAGGCAGCCAAGAAACUCCACAAGGAAAAGACUGAGUAAAUCUGAUUCUGACAUGGUAAACCAGUUCUCCAGUGAAAGCCAACAAGGGCACGAAGAAGAGGUGCAUGUGAUACCUGAGGAAGAAUGUGGAGAGAUGUCAUGUGCCCCUAAGCACAAAAGGGUCUAUAAUCAGGACACACCAUUUCAGUGCUCUGACUGUGGCAAACGCCUUAGCCGCAAGGACCACCUCAUGAGACAUCAGCGGCUCCACAAGGAAGAGAAACCACACAAAUGCUCCCACUGUGGAAAAACCUUCAGUCAGAGCUCACGCCUUAUCUCACACGGGAGAACCCACACUGGCGAGAAACCCUACGAGUGCCCACAGUGUGGGAAACGGUUCCGUACCUGCACGGGCCUCGUCCAUCAUCGAAGGGUCCAUGCGGGAGAGAAGAUCUACAAGUGCUCUUACUGUGGGAAAAGCUUCCGUCAGAAUUCACGCCUUGUAAUGCAUGAAAGGAGCCAUGUUGAAGGGAGGCCCUACAACUGCUCUGUCUGCGGGAAGACCUUCAGUAGUAAUUCCGAGAUCAUUCGACAUGAAAGAACUCACACAGGGGAAAAACCAUAUAAAUGCGCCUUCUGUGGGAAGACCUUCACACAGAGUUCCCAUCGCAUCGCACAUGAGCGUUCCCACACAGGGGACAAUCCAUAUAAGUGCCCAGUCUGUGGAAAGCGCUUCAGCUGUAACUCACACCUGAUUGUACACGAAAGAAUCCACACUGGGGAGAAGCCAUUUAAGUGCUCUGCCUGCGGGAAGAGUUUUGGUUCAAGGUCGCACCUGAUUGUACAUGAAAGAAUCCACACAGGAGAGAAACCCUACAAGUGCUCCACCUGUGGGAAAGGUUUCACUUGUAAGUCGUACUUAAUUCUACAUGAAAGAACCCACACUGGGGAGAAGCCGCACAAGUGCUCGGUCUGUGGGAAGAGUUUUGGCCGUAAUGCAGACCUCGUUAUACACCAAAGAACCCAUACCGGGGAGAAGCCGUACCAAUGCUCAGCCUGUGGGAAAGGCUUCAAUCGUCAUAAGCACCUUGCCGCACAUGAAAAAACCCACAUGCAAGUGUUCACAUUAAUCAUAACCUAAAUCGAGUGGGAUAAACAAAAGUCGUCCAGAGUUUUGGAGGAGGGUUUUCUACAUUGUUUGGUCUCAACAUGCAGCCAGGAUGUUGAGACCAACAUGCAGUUUGGUCUCAACAUGCAGCCAGGAUGGGAUAGUGCCAAGAGUACCCUAGCCCUGACAUCACUGAAAGGUGUCCCAAUGUCUUUACAUUGCAUGAAAGGGGCAUUCAUCUGAAUCACCCCUCUACACAUGCUCAUGUUCAGAUGAACAUCUCAUUACAUAAUUUGGGACAUCCUUCAGGGACCUUGGAGUGGGUGCACUCCUAUUGCACCCCAGUCCUGGUCAUGUGUUGAGGCCGGUGAUAAUCUGACCCGGCCCUUUAUUACACAUUGGGGUAGGGGUCAUUGCUCAGCAGUAGAACAUGCUUUGCAUAGCUGGGGUCCCAGGUUCAAUCUCUGGCGCCUCCAGUUUAAAGGACCUCAGAUACCAGAGCUGGGAAACAGACCAUGGCGGAGUUCAAGGGACUGCUCCUGCCCUAUGGCGUCCAGCGUAAUAGUUAAAGCUCAAUGUAUCUCAGAAAUUGUAUUAUGAUCUUCAAUGGUGUUAUACAGACAUAGGUCAAAACAAGCCAGCACCAUGCCCCGUGCCCUAUGGGUGAGCCCAGCUACCCUCCAUCUCCGUUCUUCCCAUGACAUGCAUGCCCUCCCCUCUACCCGACACUGAUCUCCUUGACCGUUCACACUUCUGGCGGACUGUCUGCCUUUUUCAUUGGUUUGUUUCAAGCAUUGUUUGUAUGAUGACAUGGUUGAACCAUUGUAUGGUGCCUGAUUGUGUGUAUGUAUGGGUGUACACAUACCACUCUCCAGAUGUUGGUUCUUAAGCUGGAAAGCUGCUCUGGGGAGAGGGGGAGGGUACUUGUGGGGUCACAGGUGCUGGCCAAUCAGCCCUCUGCACAGCUCUCUGAAAUGCUAGCAGAACAUAUUCCCCUUUGCCUGAUCCUCAGGAUAAGAUUGCAUAUAUGACAUCAGUGUGGUAAGUGAAAUUUCCAGAACAAAGUAACUCUUGUUCUUAUGCUGGUCUUGUAGCAAGCAUGAAUUGUGGUCUUUGCUAAGCAGGGUCCACCCUGGUUUGCAUUUGAAUGGGGAGACUACAUGUGAGCACUGUGAAACAGGGUCCACACUGGGAAAAGUACAUGCAUGCUUGCAUGCAGUAGGUUCUAAGUUCCCUCCCUGGCAUCAUCAGAUAAGGCUGGAAGACACUCCGGCCUUUAACCCUGGAGAAGCUGCUGCCAGUCUCAGCAGACAAUACUGAGCUAGAUAACCAAUGGCCUGACUCCGUUUUUGACAGCUUCCUAUGUUCCUAUGUACACCUGGACUCUCCAUAAGAUCAACCAAGGGCAUCUUUUCAACUGAACAUUCCAAGCUCCAUGUUCAGAGAGCAGGGACAUAGAGAGGGUUUCCAUCUAAAAUUCCCUUCUCCUAGAAGUCCAUUAAAGCCCAUUAAAAUACCUCCCUAAGGUAGUUUAAACAAGCCGACCCCGCACAGAGCAUCUGUUCGCUCUUUGGGGCCGGCUACCUCUCUCUUUCUCCACCCCCCCCCCCCCCCGUCUCCAGCGGGGCCGAGUGCGGCCGCCGCCGCCAGUGGCCUGGGCGGGCCCACCAGCCACCGCCUCGCAUCCGCGGCCAGGCCAGGCCUGCCGCCGCCGCCUCACAUCUGCCCAGCCAGGCAAUUCUCUUGGGUGCGCCUUAGCCAAUCAGUCGCCCCCGCAGCCCAGCCAAUCAGCUGGGCUGCCGGGACGCACGUUCGAAAGCCACACCCAGGAGAAUUAUAUAUAUAGAUAUAUUCUUCUUUGGGGUAUCUUUUAGAAACUGGAGAAAAAAACAGACUUGGAACUUUUUAAAAAAUUCUUUAUAUAGGAAUAUGUAAACUAUUGUUUCUCACUUGGAGCACUUAGAAACAGGUGGGAUGGAAAAUUGAAUCUAUAUAAUUUGGACUCCAAGGGAGGGGACUUUUGCCACAACUUAGUCAAAAGAGAAAUAAACCAGCUUUUAUCAUACUGUCCACCUAAUUUUGAUGAGCCAGCAUAGUUAGAGUGUCAGACUAGGACUGGGGAUUCUUGGGUUCAAAUUCCUGUUCAGCCAUGGAACUCAUUGGGUGACUUUGAGCCAGUCACUUUCUGUUAGCCUAACCUACCUCGCAGGGUUGCUGUGAGGAUAAAAGGGGAGAACCAGGUGCAUCGCUUUGAGCUCUUUGGAGGAAGGGUUUUUGCACAGGGGGUGGUGAGAGAAAAAGAGCAUGUCUAAGCACCAAAUACAUCAUGUGUCCAUCCUGUGCAUUGGACCAGGGGGAAGAAUCUCAUAAUUCCCUUCUCUUUAAUUAUGCCUUAAGAGCAGAGAUUUGAACCUAUAAAGUUGCCACAUGGCCUGUUCAUUUGCAUUAUUCCCAUAAGAAGUGGAGUUCAGACAGAAUGUAGUUCCCUAACCGCUUGCCAUCCAUGCUGUAACCCUCUCCUUGUCAAAUAAUAUGUAAGUACUUUCUUCCAAACAAGGUCUGAAUCCCAUCAUGUUCCCUCUGGCCUCUGAGCCUAGUUUCAUAUUUAUUCAGACUCUUGGUAUGUCCGAUAAAGGCUUCUGAUUGGCUACAGGAAGAGCAUAUGUUUGUGUAUCGGAUCACAUGGAUUGUGGGAUUCCUCUAUAUUUAUUGUUCCUUACUAGAAGUGUAGUUCUGAGUCCAUUUCCAUGAAGAUGAGCUGGUGCGACUGAAUGAACUGAAGCUUAUAUGAGAGGCAGGCACUCCCUUCUAAGAUCAUGGCUCAAUGCACUGGUUGUCAUUUACAAUUAUGUAGACUGAUCACAGCCAUACAUUCUACAUGGGAUGACACUUGAAGAUCGUUGGGAUAGUACAGUUGGUGCUCAACAUCGCUGCCUUUCUCUUAGUAUGAACUGGAGUAAGGGAAUAUGUGAUGGCCCUUUUCAGAGAGCUGCCCUGGCUUUCUUUUUGUGUUCUCAGCGCAGUUAAAAAUUCAAGAGCACCUUCGCUCACAUCAACUGCACUUCUUGUUGAGGUCGUCAGAAUAUCGCUCUCUUUAUGCACUCUGUCCAAUUGGGAAAUUAGAUUGACAGGAAUCUAGGCUAAAUCUUCCUCUGUUGUGAACUCUAUUCCAAGAGAGGUCAACCUACACAUCCUUGCUUUCUGUGUUAGAAUUGGCAUUUGGGCUGUAAAAUGGUCUUAAUAUUUCUGCUCUGCUGAGAUUAAUUUGUUUCUCGGUGUUGUAUGAUUUAGCAUGGACUUGCUGUGUUGCUGGUUAUUGGUUAUGUACUGUAAGUCAUUCUGGACAGGGAGAGACAUUCUGGGAAAGCAUCUACAACAUUUUUAACCAGCAAACCAAAUAAAUAUUCAGUUGCAACUAUCUGAGUAUCCCACCUUGCUAUUUUGCCUUCAGUGUCUAAGCUAAAACAGUGUAUGAGCGACAAUACAUUUUGUGUUCUUUUAUUUUCUUAUGUCUGAACUACUUUUCUAAAUAAAGUUUUUUGCUUUUA